AUGCUGCUCCGUGGUGCUUUGCGGCAUCUCAGCCUUUCCCGUCGCACUAUCGCGCCUUUAACCCUCCGCACGUUCGCCUCUGGCCAGCGGGAAGUGCCGGCAUUCACCCGCGAUCGCUACCCCGUCCAGCGAGGAUCAUUCGCCGAGCUAACCGACGCUGAUGUGGCCGUUUUUCGUGACAUCCUUGGCGGAGCGGACUCAAGCCGCGUCCUAACCGCGGCCGAUGAGCUACAGGACUACAACAUCGACUACCUGCACAGUGUUCGCGGAGAUGGCCGUGUCGUCCUGAAACCGCGCACCACCGCAGAAGUGGCCGAGGUGAUGCGGUACUGCAACGAGCGGCGGUUGGCCGUGUGUCCACAGGGUGGCAAAACGGGCCUAGUGGGUGGGUCGGUCCCUGUGUUUGACGAAGUUAUCCUGUCGCUGCAGCUGAUGGACAAUAUCGAGCGCAUUGACGAGUAUGCGGGCAUUGUGGUGUGCCAAGCGGGAUGUGUCCUGGCGCAGUUGGAGGAGAAAGUUGGAGCCCGCGGACUUGUGAUGCCCCUCGAUCUGGGUGCGAAGGGAUCGUGUCACAUCGGGGGUAACGUUUCGACGAACGCGGGUGGCCUAAGGCUGGUGCGGUAUGGCAAUCUGCACGGUUCCGUUCUCGGUGUCGAAGCGGUAACGGCAGAAGGCCGCGUGCUGGAUCUGAUGUCCAAUUUCAAGAAGGACAACACGGGCUACCAUCUAAAGCACCUGUUUAUCGGUUCCGAGGGCACACUUGGCAUCAUCACUCGCCUGUCCAUGUUCUGUCCCACGGCUUCGCGAUCGAUCAACAUCGCGUUCCUUGGCUUGAACAGCUACGACGAGGUCAAGCAGACGUUCCUUGCUGCCAAGCGCGGUCUUGGCGAAGUCCUGUCGUCCUGUGAAAUGAUCGACGCCCCAUCCCUGGAUAGUUGCACACGGUUCUUUGGGCUGCAGUCACCGAUCGACAAAUAUCCAUUCUAUAUGCUCAUCGAAACGUCCGGUAGCGAUGCGGGACAUGAUGAGGAAAAGCUGACUCGCUUCCUGGAGCAAACGAUGGAGCAGGGUCUGGUGCAGGAUGGCACGGUUACGAAUGAACCAUCGAAAAUGCAGAAUAUUUGGAAACUACGUGAGCAAAUUGCCGAUAGCUUGCUAGCGGAUGGUUAUUGCUUCAAAUACGACAUCUCACUGCCUUUGGAUCAAUUCUACGACAUUGUGCUGGCGGUUCGCGAGCGAGUUGGCGAUCUGGCCAUCAAUGUAACCGGAUACGGUCACAUCGGUGACUCGAAUCUGCACCUGAACGUGUCUUGUGCCCGAUUUACGCCUGAAAUUUACGCACUGCUGGAACCGUUCAUAUACGAGUAUACUUCGAAGCUGAGGGGAAGCGUCAGCGCCGAGCAUGGGAUAGGUUUUUUGAAACGGAAAUAUCUUCACUAUUCGAAGCAGGCGGAACCGUUGCGACUGAUGCGGGAUAUGAAGCAGCUCCUCGAUCCAAAAGGAAUUCUCAACCCAUACAAAGUACUUCCACCCGAAACGCCGGUGGGUCACUAA